AGCCCACGCUACCCGAGACCUUGCGGAAAACGAGCUUUUCUAAUCCAUCUACAUUAGCCUACUUCUUUCUGUUGACUGACGUCACCAGCGGAGAUUUGAUGACGUCUGGUUUUUGUAUUUAAUGGUGUGGUCCUGCCCAAAACCAAGGUUUCAUACCCCGCGUUUAAUGUCUAGCGGCAGCGAACGGAGCAUCUACUUCGACGCUCCAAUGUAUCACUCACACUCUAGUGAUGAUAGCGGCAAACACGACACUAACACCCAGAGACCAAGCACGUCUGUCUAUCAACAGGGGCGUCACUUAGCGGGAGAUACUGAUAAGGGAUCGGGCAACCAAAUUGAAGCGAAUGGUAAAAGUGAGCGACGAAACUCGAAGAGUCGCAACAAAAAGCCAUCUCGAACAUAUGGCCCUCCCCAACCAAAUAGUCCUGGUAGUGCCAACGGAAGGGGCAACGACCGUGUGGGCGGAACCGCUACUGAGACCAAUAAUCCUGUACGUCCUGAACAGGUCAGACGUACCUCUUCCUUCCACCCCCUCCCAGAGUUUACAGGCGACAAGGACAGGGACGACAAGCCGCUGGCUAAAUCCAAGAGUAGUGGACAUAGCGGUGAUGGUAUAGGGAGAAAAGCCUCCGUUCGCACUGCACGCACGACCGCAACGACCACUACUGCAUUUAUAAAUGGUUCCGCUCUCGCCGGACCAAACGCCGAACCUGGUGUCGAUGAGAACAUCUAUCAGCGUGGCGCUAGCGCUGAAAGAAUCUUAAGCAAGAAGGAAAAGGAAAAAAUUUAUAAAGAAGAGAAGAGGGAAUCCAAACGGCUGUCCAGGCUCCUGAAGCUGGAAGCGGUGGCAGAAAGGACCGCUCUCAAUACAGCUAUUUGUACGCUUGCCUCACUCCAAGAGCAACACAAAGCUGCCAUCAAGCGAGAAGCCAAGGCCGAAGCCGCGCACGCCAAGGCAUUUGCUGCUGUUCAAAAAUCAGAAAGCAAAUACCAUGAGGCUAGGGCGCAAGCCGCCGAGGCACGCGCAAGGGCAGAAGCCCACGUGUUGGAGGAGCGCGCGAAAUUAGAGGGCAAGGAAGCAGAAGUGAAGGCUCAGGAGGAGCGCGUCGAAUCUGAGAGACAGAUUAUUGGGGAAGUAGAACAGCGUUUGGCGGAGUGUGCGCGGGAGGUCGAGAGGCUACGCAUUAUCAAGGCAACAGACGAGCGUGAAAGAAGGGCAAAAAUCAUGGAACUGAAUGGAAAGACACCUGAAGAAUAGGGCAAAAACACGAACCGUCCUUGUAGCCAUUUGCUACCGGGUUCAACAAAGCAGCUUAAUUGUCCG